CUUUUUAAAUUGAACAUGCGUUCUAUGACCUUGUAACUUAAAGAGGACAUUGGGAUAUACUGAAAUCUGUCCGUUGUGUAUCUCUGCUAGGAAGAUUAUUUCCGCUAGUCACUAAUCUAACACUGCAAGUAUACUUACUACAUGUCGCUCAACGCCUGACUAAAAGAGUCGUGAUAUUCGGGAGGUUAAUUGAAGAUUGAAUCGUCUUGGGUCUUUGAAACAACAAGAAUAACGAAUGAUAAUUCAUAAGUUAACUUUGUGUUGCAGACGGUUCUAUAGAAUUGCUGAGAGUGCCGUGAUGUGGCUUUUUCGUACUGAAAUUUGCUUAUUUCUGUCAGUUUCCGCCAUUCUUUCAGCGUUUUGUGUACUCGAGUCCAUACUCCACCCUGAAGAAAACUCAGAAACGUUGGAAGUGUUGACAUUAUCAAAUGAUACCAGUUCAGAUUCGGAACUUGACGAUAAUGCUUCUUCACCAAUCGAAAAUAUAUCAACUUUUAUAUCACUUGUCCUGGGGCUGUUUGCAGUUCUUUUGGUUCUUUGGAAAGUAGCUGUAGUUAUGUUUUUCGGAAGCCUGACAUCUGCUGAAAGAGUAUCCCUUUCCAAGUCUCUCUUUCGUUUUGUUCUUUUCCAUUUUAUCAUACUUUCCGGCGCAAUUAAUCCUUCUCGACUGACAAGUCUCUUGGGAUGGCUUUGUUGGUUCAGUAUUCUCGGUGUGUUGCACAUGUUAACAUCUGUGGCUUCUUCCAGAUGUAACCAAAUGUCGGCUUCUGGUGCCGUAAACAUGCGCCAGUGGUUGCGGAUAUACUGUAUGUUAAUUAUCAUUUCUUUUGCAAAUUGGUACUUACUUAAAGCCGGUUUGGAAAACUGCUUCACGUUGGCAGACAUAGAUGUCUCAACUAGUGGAGACUUUUUAGAUGUUCAUUCGCGGAAUUCCUUCUUAACUGGCCUCAAAACACCAACUGUGUUAGGUGCAUUGAAAGCUAAAAUAACAGGGAAAAAGGAGCUUUUGUAUGAUGCUGUUGAUGUUGUCGCCCUACUUAUAUCUGAGUUUGCUCUUCUGAUGUGUACAAUAUCACAUCUCGUUUGUGGAUUAAUCAUACAAACAUAUGACCGUUGGUGUCUACGCAAUGGUCAAAGCUGGCAAUACCAUUCAACAGUUACGUACUAUUAUGAGCUUUUUUUCACAUGCUUUUACCGGCUAACAGAAAUAACACACUAUCUACAUCUUCUAUUAUGGAGUAGAGUGUUUUCUGUCGCUAGCCUUGUUGUUUUCUUGCAUAUACGUGUAUCUUACUCAAAUUUGGCCAACAGUAUAUCUCGCCACCUAGCACAAAGACGACUAAUGAAAUACAUCAAUGAAAACUACCAGGCUUGCAAGACAGGGUAUUAUGUCGCUUCCAAGGGUGCUAGUGGAACAACAGAAACAAACGAUAAGACUUCACAAAUGUUCUACAUUGAUAACGAAAAUCAAUCUGCACUUAUUUGUGCAAUAUGUUGGGAUGUUAUGACAGAUUGGCGUCGAUUACCAUGUCGUCAUGAUUUCCACGAACACUGCCUUCGUGCUUGGCUUGAACAGAAUCCAAGUUGUCCUACUUGUCGGCGUGAUUUGGGCAUACCUCCUAUACUUCUUCACAAUCAUAACAGGACACAACGGUCGGAAAACGUAGCAUUUGGUAUGCUUGUUCGAAACUUGUUCAAUAAUGUUGGAAACGAAGGUGCAACUAAUCGUAACGGAGUCAAUAAUGUACAGCCACUGAUUGCACCUCAUAAUGCAAUUCAACCUAACCAAACGUCUGGCAUUUCCAGGAUGUUCGCUACGGCCGUAGGGUUAAAUCUUGGAUUAAGUAUUGGUUCUGCUCCAGUUGUCGCUGCUGCCGCUCAAGCGGCUGCACUAAAUGCACUACCUCGCGAAUCAGGCACUCAAGGUUCUGUUGCUAGUAUUUCUGGCUCACAGACUGAAGAAACACCAAAUGUCCACACACAGAAUGAGGACAAUUCAUCUGUACGAGAAGCAACGCAUACUGAUGACCAAAAUCAAACUGCUCCAGGAAAUGAAGCUAGAGACCAAAUUAGACGUAGAUCUUUCCAUUUUGAUGGAUCACGCUAUUUCUCCUGGUUACCAUCUUUACAUGUUGAACUGUCUGAAGUAUUUCGUGAGGUAUUUCAUGUUGGUGGAAUUCAACCCUACAGUGCAAUUAACGAAUUGAAUAAUCCAACAAAUGGUCAACAAACGACAGGUUUUAAUCAUACUAAUGUUCAUAAUUCUAUGUUUAAUGGGAAUAGUGAUUUGAAUGUAUUACCAUUAUAUCUACGUUCUGCUGUUGACCAAUUAACCAAUAUGUUCCCACAAUUCCCACGUUCUGUGAUAAUUGCUGAGCUUUUAGCUACAGGUGUUCCAGAUUUAGCAGCAGAAAACUUAAUGGCUAGACCAUCACCGAUAACCCCUACUUCAAGCUCUAGUAACAUGAUUCCUACUACUAGUGCUAUUGUAAAUCAGAAUAAUUUAUUCAGCGUAACAACUAAUAUAAACCGUGAAACUGAAGAUACCUAUCAAUUUACAUCAUCCAGUCCUCCUUCCUUAUUAAUUGAACAACUGGGUACAGCAGAUGGUGAUGAAGGUGAAGAUGAAGUACUAAAUGGUGACAGGAACUCAUCUUUCGCUGCCAGGCGUAAGGCAAUGUUAUGCAAAGCCAGAAAACGUUUUAUAGCAAGAAUUAAUAAUUCUUAGUUAAUAUUUUUUUCUCGUUUAUUUAUCUUCUUUUCAUUAUUGCACAUUAUUAAUUUACGUACCCGAAAUAUGGCUUUCGUCUUUUAUUUUUUUGUAUUAUUAUUAUCAUUACUAUCACUAAUAGUGCCACAUCUUUAUUAUAGUUAUUCAUUAUAAUUGGCUCUGAUUGGUUUCACAUCAGUUUAGGACACCCCUUGAUUUUUUCCUUUCUUUUUCUUUGCACAUAAAUCAUUGUUAAUUUAACCUGUCGCCUUGGUGUUGUUUUUUUUCCUGCAAACAUUGUUAUUAGUGUGAAAAUUCAAAUUAGUGUUUAACCAUACUUGGUGCAUGUAUGUAUGUGUAAGUGUAUCCUGUUAUUGCAUUACUAGUAAAAUAAAAGUUUAAAGAAAGCAUGCAUAGUUCCGACUAGUGAAAAGUAUUCAUUCAUUCAAUUUGGUAGAUCCAUAAAUACCCUUGAAUUAAGAUUGUUAUUAUUAUUAGUUUUAUUGUUAAUAUUGCCGUUGUUUUGGAGAAUUGGGAUUUUUGUCCCACUUAAAAAAUUAGACCAAGGUAUAUACCUACACGAUUUAUAUGUUGUAUAUUUAAAUUUUUAAUAUUUCUUAAUCUUAAUAGUUUGUUUAUUUGUUGGUUUUUGUUUUUCGGUCACACAUGUCUAGUUGCUUUAAUCCAUCUAACUAUGCAUAAAACAUUCUACGUGAUGAAUAUCUGUUAAGCAGUAGUUAUUUUCUGCAUACUACUAUCAAGAAUUACAUCCAUUAUUUUCUCGAUUAUUUCUAUUACUACUACUACUACUACUACUACUACUACUCAUCACUUAACUUUCAUUUAUCAAAUGAAAGCUAAUUAAUGUUAACAAUUCUCUCCUUUCAUGUUUACUUUCUUUAUGUGUAAAUUCAUGAAAGAAAGGUUGUAUUGUAAUUUCGAACAAAAAUUAAAUCUUUUUCUUUUCUUUUCAUAUUUAUUUAUUCCAUCAAUAUUGUGAAUAACUAGAUAAAAUAUUAAAAGUCUUUUAAUGAGAAAUUGGCUUUUUUAAUGAUGGGAUUUAAAAUAUUAGUAAACUAACCAUUUUGAUCAUAUAUCUCUCGUGAUCGGUGUUUCUUUUAACUCAAUUGUUGUAAAUUGAAAUGGAACUAAUGAACCAAGAGUUCCAAUUAGAGAUUUGAUACAUAUUUAAUCAACAAGUGUCGAAUAUGAAAUAUGCUUCAAGAGUAUGUUAAUUUCAUGAUUAAAAAUACUUUAAUACAUUCAAUAUAUCUC